AGCCGCAGAUCCUCUAGUCGAGUCCUCCAAUACCCAUCUUGCUAUAGAUCAACGCACUCUAUCCAUACGCCGUGCUACCCUUCGCUGCCGAGCAAUCUCAUUCCGACGAUUCCUCUCGCAACGCAAAGCGGUUUCAAGCGGUCUCUGUGCUGUGCGACGAGGCGUGACUUCUAUCGUCCCUCUGUGAAGAGUGCGACGUCCCAAAGGACAUCACCGUCUUCAGUCCAACCCUCCCUCGAACCUUGAUUCAUCUCGAUUGUUCGACAUUUUCACCGGCCUUUCUCAGGCUUGUCUUCUCUAGCUCAUUUUGGACCAGCGGCCUGUCCGCUGGGCGCGUGGUGAGUGCGUCCAACAAUGGAUGUACAGACGCAAUCUCGAGGAGCACGUAUCUUCUCGAUCUUGAACGACAACGAUUGCCCAUCUUUCGUCAUCCGCCCGAGACAACCUAGGCAGUCUUCUCCAGAGUCCGAGUCAGAGCCCCGCCAGUCAUCAGCCUCUCCAUCGUAUUCGCCGCAGAGGGAAGACAGGCCGAUUCUCCUGCGUCAGCCAAAGUACGCGAGAGCAUCGUCCAUCUCCUCGGUCGGCUCGCCCCCUCUGUUGCGGCUCUCGUCUACUUCAUCCAAGGGUUCCAGUUUCAGCAUGGACUCCUCUCCGUCGCCCGCAACUCCGUACAACUAUGUGGACAACAGUCUGCUGCACUAUGACCCGCUCGUACGCCAAGACUUGGUGGGCUACCUGCCUUCUCCCACCACCGUCACCCCAUUCCUAGAACAACAAUUGAUGAUCACCCCCAACAUGCCGGAUCAAUUCUCUAGCAAGCUGAUGCAUCCCCUCACCCCUGCUCAAUAUCCCAUCGUGCCCGCACCGCUUCAUCCGAGCCUCCAACAUCUCCCCAACCCCUCAACAUCCACCGUUGCGACCGCGCCUGUCCCACCUCCCAUCACCUCGGCCUCUGCAAGCGACCAAGCAAGAACCUCUCCUUCGGGGAGCUCAGGCACCGCACCUGGGAAGAAGAACAAAUAUCCCUGUCCAUAUGCGCUGUCACAUAACUGUCAAGCAACUUUCACCACCUCCGGCCAUGCGGCGCGUCACGGAAAGAAACACACGGGCGAGAAGGGUGUGCAUUGCCCCAUCUGCAACAAAGCCUUUACGCGAAAGGACAACAUGAAGCAACACGAGCGCACUCACAAAGGCGCGUCUGCAUCGGGCAGCGCAAGCGAUGAGUCGACGCGUAAAAGCAAGGCCGCUAUCACCAAAGACGCGCAGAGAGCCAAACAACACAAAAAGCUGGACAAGAUCAAUACGGAAGCCAGCCGUCGAUCCAGUUUGAUCCAUUCGCCUUUGUCCGAGGUCACGUCCAUUGCACCCACAGCCAUCGACACCCCGCUUAACGUCGAUGAGUCUGCUUUCUACCACGACCCACCUCAGGUGCUUAUGCCUAUCCAGACGAUCCCAGAGAGCGUGUCUCCCAGCUCUCUCUAUCCUCCUCUAGGCGACGAUCCUCUGUUGAACAGCACUUCCAUCGGGCAAAUGCAUCCCUUGGGCAAAUCCAACGAUCACACCUUGGCAGGUAGUGGCCUGUUGCCACCUCUCCCACCCACUCUGACCCGUGGGUUUUCAGAUCUGGACACCCUUGCGCAGGUCGCCGAAAGCUUCGACACUUCCUUUUACCACCAAUCCUUGUAAUCCUACCAUGCAACGGUCUCCUAUUAACACAUUUCUCUUCAGUAUUGAUGAAGUCCUCCCACGAGUGAGGGUGUGCGCCGCUUGUCUUAUCGAUACCUUUGCACAGCGCUGGCGUUUAGGAUAUGCAUGACUACGGACAAAUGACGGAUUCUACCGAAAUGAGCGAUUCUUCUUUUGCGCUGGCAGGGCUGAGGCGCAGUCUGAAGAAUGGUCCGGGUUGAACAGGGCAUUAUUCUACCAACUUGGCAGGACAAACAAGGUUGUCUUUUUUAUCGCAUCCGAUUUUGGGACCAAGCACACCACACGGACAAGGCUACUGGGCAAAAAAAGUACCCUGGCACAUGAAAGGGUGGGCGGCGUUUUGUUUUGACACCUUUACUGUUCAGAGCUGGCAGUCAUACUACCACAGCUUCGCAAUCGAACAACGCAUUAUGAUACCCGCGACUUGUUUUAUGGGAUGUCUUUCUGGCUUGUAUUUGACUAGCAGGCAAGAGAAAGGCAGUCGAGGAGGAGGGUACCGGUCACUGCGACGGUGCUAAUAUCAAGGGGUCAGGCUCGUUGCCAACUGCAAUGCAUAUUUCAACAAGAGUGAAACACAACGAGCACAUGUAUCGAGUACUAUUGGAAGAUAUCCUUCACUUUAUGGUGUCCUUGUGACCCCGGGAAUAACAAUGUGACC